AUAAAACGUCACUUUAUCAAAAACAACUUCAUCGAACCAUCGCCAUAGACACACACACACCUCUCUAAUUAAAUUAACAUAUCAUUUGAAGAAGAAGGAAGAACUUUGAUUCCUUCUUCAAGUUUGUUUUCUGUCUCACCUUUUUAUCACCGAGUCAUGGCCGAGUUGACUCAGUCCGACGUCGUUUACUCGCCUCGUUCUCUCCAAGUGUGGAAGACUUUCAUGAACUGCCUCGCCUUCUUCUACCAGAUCUUCCUCCAGAUCCUCCGCGCCGUCGGCUACCAUCCUCUCCUCUCCUCCUCCGCUAAAUCCUCCGCCGGCGAUGGAUUUAAACCCUUACCGUCCAUCGAAUUGCCGGAAUCUCCCACCACCACCGUCGAAAUCGCCUCCUCCGCCAACGAUGAUUGCCUCCAAAGACUAAAGGUAGUUCUUGACUUGGACGAGACGUUAGUGUGUGCAUACGAGACUUCGAGUCUACCUGCUGCUUUACGGAAUCAAGCUAUCGAGGCUGGGUUAAACUGGUUCGAGCUUGAGUGUUUAUCAUCAGACAAGAAGGAAAGUGAUGGUAAAGCUAAGAUCAAUUACGUUACGGUGUUUGAGCGUCCUGGACUGCACGAGUUCUUAGAGCAGCUUAGCCAGUUUGCUGAUCUUGUUCUGUUUACUGCUGGUCUUGAAGGAUAUGCGAGACCGCUUGUGGAUAGAAUAGAUACAAGGAAAGUACUUAGCAACCGACUUUAUCGACCUUCUACAGUUAGCACACCAUACAGAGAUCAUGUGAAGGAUCUGUUAACCACAUCAAAGAACAUGUCUAGGACUGUAAUAGUUGACAACAACCCUUUCAGCUUUCUAUUGCAACCAUCAAAUGGGAUUCCAUGUAUUGCAUUUUCAGCCGGGCAGCCUAAUGACACUCAGCUUUUGGAUGUUAUUCUACCACUACUGAAGCAACUUUCGGAGGAAGAAGAUGUAAGACCAACACUUUAUGAUCGGUUCCGUAUGCCUGAAUGGUUUGAGAAGCAAGGCAUACCACCUUCUUGCUGGAAUCCUUAACCGAACUAAUGGUGAAAACCGAAAUAUAUCUUUGGUUCACACAAAAAAAAAGGCAAAGGGACUUGUUUGGUACAGUAGUUUCAGCAAUGAAAAAGAAUAUGUGAGAAGGCACAUAAACUACCAUUUGUAGUGUUUAUAAUCUUUGGUAGAUUUCUUUUAAAAAGAUAAAAUUCUAUUACACAUUCUUGAUUUCAUGUAAUUCUCUAGCUUUCUCUGUAAUUUUGUUAAUGAUAUCAAGCAUUAUUUUUUUCCUUUUCCAGUUUGGAUAUACCGGGUUAUGGUCUAAACCGAAGUAUAGACUGGUUUGGUAUGAGAAGAUAAAUAAAUGUUGGCUUCCUUUGAAGUGGAGUGGUUUUUGAAAGACAUAAUAUAUACUCAAUAAUUAGUAAACUUAAAAUCAGGAAUGUGAGUAAUUGGGAUUCAUGUAUUCCACAUUUAUCAAAAAAAAAAAGGAACAUGUUUGGUUCAUGA